UUGUUAUGGGUCUCCGAACUAAUCAUUCAAAUUGGGAGAAACUUUUGGACAAGUGUCCUACAUUUUUAAGUCAAUUACCUAAAACUGGAGGAACUUCAAUGUUUAAAAUGUUGGGUAGUGGAGGCGGGACUUCAAUCAAACAAAAAUUACAACUUAAAGAACACCAAUUUAUUCUACAACAAGUUUUUGUCACUGUCCAUUGUUACCAAUGUCGUGAAGCUGUUUGGGGUGUAAAUCCUCAGGCCUAUUUUUGUCAAAAUUGUGACGUUGUUGUCCACAAAAACUGCACUUCUCAACUUAUUGAUCAUUGCUGGCCCCAACAACAACAAAAAGUGGGUAAGGGUGGAAGCCAACAACAACAACCUUUUUCUGGACGUUCGAAGCUUGUAGCUGUUUCAACCACUUCUUUAACUAGUCCAGCCCGUAUUCCCCAACAACAUUAUCACAAGGAUUCUAACGUUUCUUCUUCAGGCCUUCUCCACCACCAUUAUUACCCCCCUUCUUUACUCUCCACAGAAUCUGUAUUCUCUUCCCCCAGUUUAGCAUUAACCAAGCAACAUCAAUUAGUACAAAAACAACACUUAAAUUUAUUGCCAAGUCAAAAAUCUUCCAUCUCCCUAACACCCCCCAUUAAUCGCUCACAUCAUUCUACUAGUGCUUCGGUUGUUGCUAUGGCUGGUUCUUCAAAAGAAAAUUCAAGCAUCGAUCGGCACGGAAAUGAUCUUAUCCCACCCGAAUUAAUCGACGCUGACGCAACUACAAAUGGAGGGGGUCCUCCUGUACCUGCUGCUGUUGUUCGUCUACAACAUCAGCAACAAACACACAUGGAAAGCUUAGAUUCUGGCUCAUCGCCACCCUCUUCGUCUGCCAUGUUACCCCCACCCGUCUUUAGCAGUCGAUUUGAAAGAAUUCUUCCUCCAGAUAUUCCCCCUAGCAGCGCUCCUCCUCCACCGCCACCAUUGCAGAAAACAACCGGAAAUGGGCAAAUAGAGACUCCAUUAAACAUUGCUUCUACACUUCAACCCUCAACAGCCGCAGCAACAGGUGCAGGGCACGGACAGUUAAAAUCGAUGGAUUCAGGCAUUGGAACCGAAGUGACUACAGCCUCCAUGCCCUCCACAGCUCCAAUGCAUGGAGGGAUAGGCCGAACGGCUAGCGAUCUGCCUAGAGCUACUGUUCAACAACAGCAACAACAACAAGUUCAGCAACAACAUUCAAGUAUUGGCCCAACUCGUUCUCAAAGCAUGAAGGUAAUUUUAAUAUUUUUGAAAAAUAUCUAG